CGACAAAUGAAACGGCUCGUGAAUACCAUAAUCAGGAGACAGUUCCGUACCCAGCUUUCAAAAUCUCAAGUUUCACACCUCUGCGGGCAUGGCUCAAAGGAAAAGAUUACGUACAAUCACUGAGAAACCUGAUUACUUUGAUCAGUUACCAGACGAUCUUGUUCUAAAUAUUCUUUGCAAGCUUAGUUCUUCUGCCUCUUGCCCCUCCGAUUUUAUUAACGUUCUCAUCACAUGUAAAACAUUAAAGCGGUUGGCCACCAAUCCUUUGGUUUUGUCGAAAGCUGGAGCUAAAAUGUUUGCCAUGAAAGCAGAACGUUGGUCGGAUUCGGCUCACCAGUUUUUAAAACAGUGUGUUAAAGCAGGCAACAGUGAAGCCUCGUACACGCUAGGAAUGAUCCGAUUCUAUUGCUUACAAAACCGAGGAAGUGGAGCGUCCUUGAUGGCAAAAGCCGCUAUCAAGUCGCAUGCCCUGGCCAUGUAUUCUCUUGCUGUCAUACAAUUCAACGGCAGUGGAGGCUCAAAAACUGAUAAAAAUCUCCGAGCGGGGGUGGCUUUAUGUGCUCGAGCUUCCGUUUUGGGUCAUGUCGAUGCGCUUCGUGAGCUCGGCCAUUGCCUUCAAGAUGGUUACGGAGUCCCUCAAAAUAUCGUCGAGGGACGCCGUUUAUUAGUCCAGGCUAAUGCAAAGGAGCUCGCAUUAUCCUUACGUUCCAUGAUGACAUGGAAACCCCAGCAGCAGCAACAAAAUCUUCAUCAUGCUUGUACGGUGAUGGGUACCGCUAUCACGGGAUGUCCAUUACUGAGUGAUUUUGGAUGUAACUUACUGGCUCGAGAGGUGCACCCAGCGAGCAAGUUCUUAAGGGAGUGGUUCGAGUCGAGGAGUGGGGCGUUGGAUGAUGGCUUGAGACUAUGCUCGCAUAGUGGAUGUGGGAGGCCCGAGACAAGGACACAUGAGUUUCGCAGGUGUUCGGUUUGUGGUACGGUAAAUUAUUGUUCGAGAGGAUGCCAAGCACUUGAUUGGAAAGCGAGGCAUAAAGUGGAAUGUGUCCCGAUGGAUCAAUGGCAUGGAGUAUUAGAAGAUGGUGGAGAUAUGGUGGAAAUGGAGGAAGGUGAUGAGUAUGUGGAUAUUGUUGAAUGAUAGAGAUUUGAUGCAAAUCAGGAUAAAGAAAUCUUGCCUUUUGAAACUGGGAAUUCUUGAUAGUAACUCUUUCACCUUUUUCCUUCUUUUUGUAUUUUAUUUAUGUACAUAUGUGAAGGGUUUUGGAGUUUAUUUUCUGUGACUUAACAAAUUAAAUACAAGGAAUAGGACCUUUGGAAGAACAGGUCCCAUUUCAUUAUGUUGUUAAAAA